AUGAAGCUGAGUGUGGCUCUGUUCUUCGCGGGGUUGUUCGGGGCUCUGGCGGCCAUGUUUGUCCUCCUCUCCUUCGGGACAGAUUACUGGCUCCUGGCCUCUGAGACAUGCGACGAAGAAACUAACAGAACCAUAGGACCUGGGGGUGUUACCAUAGAGCGUGGUGACAUGAUUCUGGUGGAACCCGGUAUGGGGUUCCCCCCAGACACCACCUUCUACCACGAGGGCUUCUUCUGGAGGUGCUCCUUCGGGGGAAACCUGGACGAUGACACCCUCUUGAAGUUCUGGAUCACCAAUCAGCCCCACUCUAAAGUCUGCACACACGCCUACCUCUUCCCCUUUCCUGUGUCUCAACAGACUCACAACGCCACCGCAUAUGACUCCGCAAUCAUCUACAGAGGCUUCUGGAGUAUCUUCAUGCUAAUUGGGGUGGCUGCCGUCGUUUUAGGUGGGUUCUUCAUCAUCUGCGCCGCCCCAUUUGCCAGUCACCGUCUAUAUAAGGCUGGGGGUGUGCUCUUCCUGACAUCUGCUCUGUUCCUUCUCGGUGUGGUGGUGAUGUAUGUGCUGUGGGUGGAGGUGCUGGAUGUGGUGCAGGUCUACGUUGACCACCAGCGCUCCUCUGUUUGUCCCACCUUUGACCUCACCAUUCACUACGGCCUAUCCUUCUUCUUCGCUCCUGUCGGCAUCUCCUUCUGCCUGCUGGCAGGACUCCUUUUCCUCCUCAUUGGUCGGUCCGUACAGAUGCAGUACCACUGA